ACCGAUUUCAAGCUCCGCUAUGUGACGCAAACCUUCAGAUUUGGCUUUAAGAUGACGCAUGUCGGUUCACCUCCGGCGGACAAGAUUAACGGAAACAUCAUCGCUCUCAACGCACUUGCUGGUAUCCCGCUCAGACUUUUUAGCUCCUUACGAACGUGGAUUUCACUCAUGAUUCUCCCUCCGCCUCCGUCACUGACCCAGGUACCGAUGCAUACUGGCCUUACACGCCAGACAAUGGUCUUGCAAACGAUAAGAUACUUGAGCAUGAAACUUCCAAAAGCUGACACUUUACGCAGGCGGUUUUUCUUACAAAAUCACCCUGCCGUUUGGCUCGCGUUCUCGAUGAAGGACACUGUCCUCCUUUCAAUAAGCCCCAUGAUGUAAAGCACUAUCCCCGUUGUUAUAUGGAUCUGCUGUGGUGGACUGGCUUGGUCAACAAAUCCUUUCUCAGCUCGACCAACAUAAAUUGAUGCG